ACUUUGAUAUGGGUUUUCUUCGAGCCAUUGAUGUUACAUGCUAUGAGCAAACGUUUUUAAAACUAUAUAGUUUGUGUAGAUUUCGUUGCAACAGUGAAGUUCUUAAGUGAAUUUCUUUGAACUUUAUUUGAACUAGAUAAGAACAGUGAAAGCACAGAGGAGGUAGCUGAAGAUGUUCAACCUCAGGACAUGAGAGAGAAUCUGGCAGAACAGCCUGCUCCUUUUAAAGACGUCCCAGGAGUCAAUAAAUUUGACUUUAAAGAUGCUGUGAAUGCCAAUGAACCUAUUUCUACUGCAUCUAUAGAUGCUUCUGGAGAUGUCAACAUGGAGGCCUCUAGAACAGCUGAUGAAGUUAUGCGUGCUGGAGGCUUUGGAGCUAGGGACGAUAUAAGUAGUUUUCUUCCAGUUGCAAGUGACUCCACUGAUUUUGAGGCUUCUCUUCACAAUGCCCGAGACUAUGAAGAUUUACAGGAAAAAAUAGGUAGGCCAGGCCUUGGCUGGAAAGGUGAUGCAAAAUAAAUGUAUUCCUGUUACGAAUUUACAUUAGGUACCCUUGGUUUCUUCUGAUAUUUCUUGCUCCUUUAGACUUAGGGUCCUGUUCUUGAUGGUUGAAUAUGUGACCUCGUUUCACUGUAUAAGCGAUGUGAUUAAGUUCUUGUGGCAAUUCUGGGGUUCAUUCUUCAUUAUGGAAUUUAGUUGUAGCUUUUCUAA